AUGGGGGCCAGGCAUAUGCAUGUUAUGGACGAGGAUAAUGAUGAAAAUGAAGAAGUGUACAUGUAUCCAGUAGAUAUGCACCCGGAUGAGCGGGAUGGAAUGAGAAUCAAACCUCCAUCUCCAUAUGAAAUAAAGAAUAAGUACUUGGAAAGGGAAUACAAAGAUAUGGAAGCUUAUGUGAACCAACAAAGAGAUAAAUGGAAGACAUAUGGCUGCACCAUAAUGUCAAAUGGAUGGACAGGGCCCAUGAGAUUAAGUAUAAUUAAUUUUAUGGUCUAUCCAAAAGGGAGUACGGUGUUCCUUAAGAUAUUCAAUGCAUCAAACAAUAUCAAAGACCACAAAUACAUAUACAAGCUAUUAAAGAAUGUUAUCAAAGAAGUCGAGGUAGAUAAUAUGGUCCAAAUUGUCAUAGAUAACGGGUCAAUGUUCGUGAAAGUAAGGAAGGUAUUGAUGAAUAAGUUUAACUUAUAUUGGACCCCAUGUGUGGCACACUGUAUUGAACUAAUGUUUGAAGACAUCAGGAUAAGACCUAGUGUUGGAGAUGUAAUAUGCAGUGACCGCAAGAUAACCAACUUCAUUUACAAUCAUGGUUGGUUACUUGCAGAAAUGAGAAAGUACUGUGGUGGAGACAUUGUUCGACUAGGAGCUAAAAGGUUUGCUACAAACUAUAUUGCUCUUAAAAGUCUUCUUAAAAAAAGGGUUGAUUUGAAGAAAUUGUUUAUGAGUGAUGAAUGGGCAAAACACAAGCUCAAUCGGACAAACAUUGGACGAGAUAUGGAGAAACUAAUGUUUGACCAUCAGUAUUAG